CGUACCUCGAAGCAUGGUUGUGUUGGCUUCGCCUCAGCAAGAGCGCUGGAGCCCUGUCUCAGCUUGGCUGCUUGGGUGUGGGUCGUAGUGUUGUCAGUUCCAAGGUUGAAUGACGACGACUGCCUUCCUCACUGCCUACUUCAUCAACUUUAAAACUGCCCAAGCUACUACCUAUUGAUUAUUUCAACCUGACUCCAUCAUUUCUUUAUCACAAUCAUUUUUAUCAUACAUCCUACAUAUGAUGAAACAUUGAAUUGUUUGAUAAAUCAAUGAUGUCUGCGUCUCCUUCCUAGUCGACCAGUCUUUCAUUAUUCGCGAAUGUGUCAUCUUUUAUUCAUUAAUAUCUCAACAUAGCCAUUUCACAUUUUCAUCAAUCACCAUGCCGGAAGAAGAAUCAUCGCCCUUACUCUCUGCUGCGAUGAAGGGGAAAAAGGCAUCUGACGACCGCGCCAGCUCUAGCGAGUCAACUCCGCUCCUGUCGAAUUCUACCGAUACCCCGCGUUACGAUGGAACCGCCGACGAGCACGAUGGAGACGACGCUGUUUCUACCCACUCUCAACCUGCCGGAUCAACGGAAUCUUCUCGUUCGAACCGGAAGUCUUGGAGAUGGGCAUCGUGGAUAGCGAUGGGCCUUCUCGGAGUACUUGUCAUUGCUAUUAUUAUUCUUGCAUUCAUCGUUCCCGAAGCAGUUCAAGAGUAUGCCCAACAAGCUACCGUUAUCGAACCCACAAAUCUUGCCCUCGAAUCUAUUACAACGAACGGAGUUCGAGCUCGUGUACAAGCCAAUUUCCACCUAGACGGGUCAAGAGUCAGCAAUGAUCAUGUGCGAAGAGUAGGGAGGGCCGCUACGUGGGUAGCGUAUCAACUUGAGAGCGCCCAGACGAAGGUCGAUGUACGCCUUCCCGACUAUAAUAACGUGCUGCUUGGAAGCGCUGUUAUCCCAUCUCUUCUGAUAAACUUGCGAGAUGGUUAUGUCACCAAUUUUGAUUUCGUUACGGAGAUAUCACCUGGAGAUGUGGACGGUAUCCGUAUAAUCGCGAACGAGUGGCUAGAAGGCAGAUUGGAUCAAUUGCGCCUGAAUGGAGCGGCUGAUCUUAGUCUUAAAUCCGGCUUCAUCCCUCUCGGAACUCACGCCAUCUCUGAGUCGCUUGUAUUUGAAGCCAACAAGAUUCCUGCAAUGCCAAAGUAUAAUAUCACUCGUUUUAACGUCGAGGACGGACCGAUAAAUGGAUCAAUGCUAGCUGAUGUAUCCUUGACUGCGCUGAACGAAUAUCCGGUCGAACUUGAUAUACCCGAACUUGCGUUUGAUCUUUUAGUACCCGGUUGUGCUAUUUCGGAUCAGUCUAUCCUAGUGGCACAGGCGGCCACGAGUGACAUCCAUGUUCACCCUCAUUCUGAAGUUGAAGCGGAUGUCAAGGCUGUGAUCCGCGAACUACCUGACACUUUAACCCAUGUUUGCCCGGAUUCCACUUCGUCGCCACUGGAUAAUCUGCUCCGACAGUAUAUGCAUGGCGAGCCUGCGACUUUCUUCGUUCGUGGGAGCCAACAUCCAGAUGGUGAUACACCAAAAUGGAUUGCAGACAUAUUAUCAAGCGUUACCGUUCCUGUCCCGUUUCCUGGGAGAACUUUGGAUGGCUUGAUUAGAAAUUUUUCAUUAACAGAUGUUCACUUUUCCCUACCGAAUCCAAACGCCGGCCCCGAUGACCCAGACUCCAACCCAAUGGUUUCGGGCAAUAUUCUAGUUACAGCAGACGUCCCUUCUGAGAUGAAUUUUGGCAUCGACGUAACCGAUGUUCGUGCCACGGCAGACGUGCUUUAUAAAUCAAAGAAAUUAGGAGAGCUUAACUUGCAAAAAUGGCAAGCCGCUAAUUCCACUAGAGUUAAAGGCACGGGGGACCAAGGUCCUAUGCUCAAGAUCCAAUCUCAAAUCAUCGACGCGCCCCUUAACGUAACCGACGGGGCUGUUUUUACCAGUGUUGUCCAGGCAUUGCUAUUCGGCAGUGCCCCUAUCCGCCUACAUGUCAACGCCUUAGUUGAUAUCAAGGUGCAGACCACGUUAGGUAACCUCACGCUAAAGGAGGUACCUGCGGAGGGCAAAAUACCAGUAAAACCCCUCCCGAAGGGCACUAUUGGCAGUAUCGUUCCAAAAGUCGGGUCGCUACGGAUUCUAGACACGACAUCGGAUUCAAUCACAUUGCAAGCCUUGGUCAAUGUCACGAACCCAACGCCGUAUACAGCCCAUGUGCCGUAUGCCAAUGUUCACGUUCUUCAUAAUGGAUCGGUCCUCGGAAGUGCCACGGUAGAAAAUCUGGAUGUCGUGAAAGGGCCUAAUUCUAACCUGCUCGUCACUGCGAAAUGGAAUCCGCCGAUGGGUGGUGACCACGGCCGAAGAAUUGGUCGAGAUCUAAUAUCACAAUAUUUAUCGGAUUGGAAUACAAGUAUCACCAUAAGACCUCAUCGGCAUAGCAUCCCGGGUCAGCGCAUUAUCAGCGAUGCUUUGUCGAAGUUUAAUAUGACCUUUGUCGCUCCUAGACUAGAUCUGCCUGGCGAUAUAUCCGAGGAAAAGUCUCACUUUAUUAGAGAUGCCACAUUCCACCUCUUUUCGUCGACUGCUACAUUUACGCUUGUUUCGCCACUGCACUUUAAUACUUUAUACUUAGACUUCGUCAAUGCUACAGCAUUAUACAACCACACGGAACCGAUUGGGCAAAUUGUAUACGACUUACCAUUCUCGGCGCCUCCUGGUAAGUCGGUGACACCGAAGUUACCUGUUGACUGGUCACUCGACUCAGUGGGUUACGAUGCCAUCAGGAAGGCCAUCGGCGGGACGUUAAAGCUGGACGCAUAUGCCAACGUCGACAUGCGCCUAGGAAAUUGGAAAGAGUCGUUAUGGUACUCAGGCAAAGGCAUUGGUGCUAGCAUACAGUUGUAAUGUUUGACAAUUCGAGGGCUGGCGUUUCAAAAGGUACUGGCAGGCGGGUUUUCAAGACGGACUGGGUCGGAACGGCGCAAUUUGUUAUUUCGUGGUGAAGAUAGUAUGAGAAUCUUUAUGGAAUAUAUAUAUCGCAUAUACAUAUCUGAUAUCAUUUGGCG